GCAGCUUUUUGAUUAAUUUGCUGCUGUACCUACACCAAAUUUAUGAGAUAGUCAUGGAUGACAACAUCGCAUUUGUUAAAAUUGAACCAAAACAAGAAGAAGAAAUAAAUUUGCCCCUCCAAAGAAACAUUUUUGUAAGCAAUGAUUAUUUCAAAACUACAAAAGCAGAAACCUCGAAGGCAGAAUAUUGUUGGCAAGAAAACAAUGGGGAGGAAAUGGAGCAGUCAAGUAUUAAGUCUGAAACUAUAAAGUUUAAAUGUACGUUUUGUGACUCCACAACAGAUAAUGAACCACAUUAUGAAAUGCACCUCCAGACGCACAAGAAUACUAAGGUUUUUAAAUGUGCAAAUUGUGAUUAUUCAACAAGUGGUAAAAGGAAUUUGAGGCAUCACGUUGUAAAUAAUCAUUCAAAAGUUUUUAAAUGUGACGUGUGUAAUUAUACCACAAAUGUUAAAGGUCGUUUCAAGGUUCAUCUGCUAAGGCACAAUGAUUCAAAGAAUCUCAAAUGUGACGUUUGUGAUUAUGCAACAAAUAGUAAGAUCAAUUUUAAGAGACAUUUUUUAACACACAGUGAUUCGAAGGAUUUCAAAUGUGAUGUUUGUGAUUAUGCAACAAAUAGGAAGGACAGUUUGAAGCAACAUUCCUUGAAACACAAUGAUACGAGAGAUUUUAAUUGUGAAAGUUGUGGCUAUGCAACAAAUAUGAAGAUUAAUUUGAGGGCUCAUGUUCUAAAACACAAUGUUUCAAAAGAUUUUAAAUGUGAUAUUUGUGAUUAUGCAACAAAUACUAGGAAUAAUUUGAGGCGUCAUGUUCUAACACACAAUGUUACAAAAGGUUUCAAAUGUGAAUGUUGUGACUAUGCCACAAACAUUAAGGAGAAUUUGAGGAGACAUGUUCUAAAACACAAUGCAAGAUACAAUGUUACGAAAGGUUUUAAAUGUGAUGUUUGUGACUAUGCCACAUAUACCAAGAAGAAUUUGAGAAGUCAUGUUCUAAAACACAAUGUUACAAAAACAUUUAAAUGUGAUAUUUGUGAUUAUCUAACAAAUACGAAGAAUAAUUUGAGGAGUCAUGUUCUAAAACACAACGUUUCAAAAGGUUUUAAAUGUGAUAUAUGUGACUAUGCCACAAAUACUAAGAAGAAUUUGAAGAUUCAUUUGCGAAAACACAACGCUUCAAAUGGUUUUAAAUGUGACCUUUGUGAUUACGCAACAAACAUUAAAAGCAAUUAUAAGACACAUUUCUUAACACACAAUGAUUCGAAGGAUUUCAAGUGCGAUAGUUGUGACUAUGCAACACAUACUGAGAUGAAUUUGAGGCAUCAUUUGCGAACCCACCAUGUUUCGAAGGGUUUUAAAUGUGAGAUUUGCGAUUACUCAACAAAUAUUAAAAGCACUUAUAAGGCACACCUCUUAACACACAAUGAUUCAAAAGAUUUCAAGUGUGCCAGUUGUGACUAUGCAACAAAUACUAAGAAGAAUUUGAACCAUCAUUUACAAACGCACAAUGUUUCGACGGUAUUUAAAUGUGACGUUUGUUAUUAUGCAACAAAUAUUAAAAGCACUUUUAAGGUACAUCUCUUAAAACACAAUGAUACAAAAGAUUUUAAAUGUGAUAUUUGCGAUUACCUAACUAAUAUGAAGAAGAAUUUGAAGAGUCAUGUUCUAAAACACAAUGUUUCAAAAGGUUUUAAAUGUGAUAUAUGUGACUAUGCAACAAAUACUAUGAAGAAUUUGAAGAAUCAUUUGCAAAAUCACAAUGUUUCGAAAGGUUUUAAAUGUGACCUUUGUGAUUACUCAACAAACAUUAAAAGCUCUUAUAAGGCACAUUUCUUGACACACAAUGAUUCGGAAGAUUUAAAAUGUGAUAUUUGUGAUUAUACAACAAAUAGGAGGAACAGUUUGAAGCAACAUUUCUUAAAGCACAAUGAUUCAAAAGCUUUUAAAUGUGACCUUUGCGAUUAUGCAACAAAUACUAAGAAGAAUUUGAGGGCUCAUGUUCUAAAACACAAUCUUUCAAAAGGUUUUAAAUGUGAUAUUUGUAGCUAUGCAACAAAUAGGAAGGAUAUUUUGAAGCAACAUUUCUCAAUACACAAAGAUUCGAAAGAUUUCAAAUGUGAUAUUUGUGAUUAUGCAACAAAUAGGAAGAGCCGUUUGAAGCAACAUUUCUUAACGCACAAUGUAUCUUAACUUUAAAUGUGACCUGAUUGCUAA